GGUUUUAUGCACUGCGCCGGCUUUACCAAUUGCCAGUUCCAGCUUGAACGCGCCAGCGUGCGGUACACUUUCGAGCGUCUCAUCCGAUUUGCACGGUUCGCAUUCGCGUUAACCGCUCGGCUUAAAGUGCUCACAUCACAUUGUUGUGCGUUUGUUGUUGUGUCUGCCAAUCGCGUUUAUUAUUAUUUUUUUUCAUUAUUUUUAAUUACAUGACAUCGCUUAUGGUUUUGUGGAGCAUAUUUGAAUAAAUGUCUUAAUAAAAUACUUACGUACAUCUGCAGAGACGCUAAUAAACGCAUAGCUGGUUAAUGAAAACUUGCUACAGGUGUCAAAAGCAGUGCUACAGGAUUCUCUGCUGUUCGAAUUGCACAAACAGUAAAUUUUGCCGUACCAUCGCCUUUUUUGACUUGUCAUUGCAGAGCAGCCAAUCAGUGGAAGUGUAAUGUAGCGCAACUCAAGUCAAGUAUACUUAAAUAUAUAAGUUUGUAUGUAUGUGAACCACUCAAGCAUACAGUCAAAUGGUAGAUGAGUAAAGUCGACCACAUUCGCCGACUGUUUUUCACUGUUGCUCAUUCACUUCGAACAAUAUCUCAAGUAAAAGUGAAAUUCUCAGUGCUAUUAUUUGGUGCGUAACAAAAUGAAUAAGCAAUCAGUAAUGGAUAAAUAAAUAGUGUCAAUAAAAUUGUAUGCAAACUGUGUGGGCAACAAAAUAUAAAAAAUAAGAGUUGCCAGUGAACCAGUAGAGUGAAGCGUUAAUAGCAACAAUAGCACAAGAAAUACAAGUGGAAAUGCAAAUAAAUAAAUAAAUGAAGUUACAGUGAGCUGAUUAUUUAUGUAUAUGUGGGUGUGAAGAUGUAUGUACAUACAAGUAUAUAAUAAAGGGGAGAAUAUUGUGCAAUAGAGCAGAGCGCGCAAUACAUUAAAGCGAAAGAAGGAAAUAUCAUAAUAAAGCGAUAUCAACGCACACUUUGCAAGAAAAUAUUUGAAAAAAAGUUUAAUAAACAAAUAAAUAAAGUCGUUCGAAAAUCACAUGCAAUAUAACCAAAACAUAAAUAAUAUUGAGGCAACAACAAUAACUAACUACAAACAAAGUAGCAAAAAUUUCGCCAACGAAAAGUGCAACUUUUCGAUUUCUUUUGUCGAAAGCAAGCAGCGCUAAUUAAACGGCAAAAACAAAGCAAACAAAAAAAUCAAUUUGCAACAUGCCUCCCACAGCUUGUAAAGUGCCUACGAAGUUGUUGUGCAACAACCGUUAAGCGUAAAGCUAAGAAAGUGUGCAAUAAACAAGCGUUUGCCGGAUUUUUUGAGCGAUACGCCUGACAACUACUACGCCCAGCAACUAGCGGUAUCUAAGAAAAGUGAUAAUUAAAAUUUUCAGCAAAUAAAGAGGAAAGAAAUAAUAAUAAUAAUACAAAUAAAAAGCUGAGAAGUCAUCAACCGCGUAGAGUCAAAUGCAUUAAUUGCGUCGGCGUAAUUGCAGCAAUUGGCGCUAUAGUGCAGGCAAUAAUAACUCGUUGCAACAACAUACGUGAGCAUCGGCGACACUUUGCAACAUAGCGCCUACUCAUAUUCGUCACAAACGCCGUCAAGCUUCUCCGAUUGGUGUAACUUUUUGUCGCUUACAACGCGCGCGCGUGUUUAAGCGUAUGUGUGUGCAUGUAAGUUAGUGUAUUUUUUAAUUGUUGCGUGCCGUGCUGCUGUCACACUGAUUACCUUACCACACACUGUUGUCACAAGUUUUCGUUGUAAUUUUACAAAAAGUCACCAUUGUAAUGGCCACAUUUGCUUGAGGCAGAUUGCGGAGCUGACGAUUUUUCUUUUGAUUUGAGCACGCCGUGGCACUAAUGUGCGCUACACCGGCCGAAAUAAGAAUUUUCAUAUUUGUGCAACAUGUGGAAUAGUAAUAAUUGUUAUAGUCGAAGAUGGCUAGUCACUGACACGAGACAAGUGGGUAUAGGAAGCAGCAGAGAUCGGUAUCAACUAUCCAAUAGACCACUGAAAUCUACACAAUCGCUGCAAACAUCAGCGGCGUCGACUUUACAACAACCGCGACAUACUAAACGCAAAUGCCGACGAUUAUGCGACGCACGCGCGAAACAUUUCGAGCAGCCCGAGAUAUGGCAACCGCAAAUGUCAACCACGGCGUAUGCGGUAGAUGUAAAAGCACUGCCGUUUAGACAGCUGUCGUGGCUGCCACGAAUUGUGACACAUACAACCGGAUCGCCACGGUUGCACCUAAAGUCCUCAAUAGCGCCCGCACGGCGCACACGAGUCAACGCUUGCCUAAACCAAAUAAUAGAAGUAUUACUAGCCUUACUAUUAGCCAAUUGUCUAAUGCAGCUAUGCGGAAAACUGCCUACAGCGACAGCCGCAUUCGGCGCGCCAACGGCGAGUGAUGCACUUGCCGAAGCGUAUAACUUCUACACGAGUAGCAGACUAAGCCAACGCAGCGACGACGACGAUGAUGAGUAUGCGGACGCUUAUAGCAACAACUAUCGCCAACCGCACAGCAUCGGCGGCAAUGCGGCGUUUGCUUUCAACGCAUUGCAACUGCCAUCAGCUGCCACGCUGGCUGCUGCUGGCACUUACAAUGUACCAGAUGGUGGUGCCGGGUUGUCGGUGAAUCAGUUGCAACGCAGUCAAAAUUUCAAAAUCAGUCAGAAGCCCUGCUCGAUUGGACGCAUCGAGGGCACUUGCAUGUUUGUGUGGGAGUGCAUCAAGUCGGAGGGUCGACAUGUGGGCAUGUGUGUGGACUCGUUCAUGUUCGGUUCGUGUUGUGCGCACAAUUAUACGGAGAAUAUUGUAAUGCCGCAGACGUUCUCCUACACGCGUCCCACAAAACCGCUGGGCAUUGGCGGCGUGAAUCAUCGACCUCGACCGCCGCAUCAGCCGCACAAGCCGAGCAUAAGUGGAAUGACUACUAUUGAGCGACCGCAUGGCGCUGGAACGCUGGUCAUACGUCCAUCUGGGCCGCAUCAUCAGGGCGCUUUGUAUAAGCCACAGUACAUGAAACCCUCAACUGUGGGCACAACCACAUCUUUCUCCGCCUCUCACUCAGCAGCGACGACGACGACAACCACUUCAACAGAGGGCUCCAAUGCGUUAUGGACCUCGAAUGCGGUAUUGCAAGAUUUACAGCCGGCAGCGGCCACCUCGUCAAAUCAUUGGAAUACAUCACCACAGCUGACAGCCGUAACGCAACACCACUGGCACAUGACGACUGAGCCAAAUUUUAUUACCAAACCGCGACCGCCCAGCUGGGAGAAACCGACUGCUAUGCGUCCCCCGAAGCCAUCAAAGCCAACAAAGAAACCCAUUUCGCCGCAGCCGCAACUGCCCAGCUUCCAAGUGACGCAGCACAACACAGCGGGUAUUGUGUACACGACGCGAAGACCAGUGCCGCCGACUUUUACGCAGCCAGCGACAGUCAAACCGUCCGCAUCGCCUUCAUCAGCGGCAGCCAAUGCACCAACAACGCCAAUAUCGGCGCUAUCGUUGACGCGUCCACAGCCACCAUACACCUCCUUCUCUUCCUCUGUUGCUUUCGCCACUUCUGAGACUUCGUCAUCGUCAAGCACUAACUUGUGGCAACAACAACAACAGCACCAACACCAAUACCAACACCACCAGCAACAAUAUCGGCCGCCGCCUGUUUAUGCGAAGCCACCAAUGAAAGUGCCAGCCACAUCACUGGCCAGUGCGACAACAACUACAACGGGUACAACAACGACAAGCACGCGAUUACCAAGCAGUACUACAGUAAAAACGACAACGCGUCCUUACACGCGCCCAACCACGCCCAAUUGGGUCAUUAGCGAAAGUGGUGUGCCCAGCAGCGUCGGUGACGGCACAAUUUAUCCAUUGCACUCGUCGUCGUCUACAGGAAAACCAACAACAGCAAUAACGACCACAACAACAACGCAAAAAUAUAAACCCACUUCGACAUCAUCCACUUCGUCAGCAACAUCAUCAUCAUCAUCAUCGGCGCAUACAACCGGCGUAAUGUCACCCAUUAGACCCACUCAACGUCCCACUUGGUCAAACACGACACCAACGCGGCGCCCACCAGCAUCAACCACCUCAUCAUCAGCAACUUCAGUGUCAUCAUCAUUAUCAUCCACUACAUUAUCACAUUCCUCUUCCACUUCCUCAUCAUCGUCGCUAUCACCACCCACUUCACCAUCCGCAUCUGUCACUGCACCGCUUAAUAUGCCCACUUAUGGACAUUAUCCGCAUCCGAAGCCGCCGUCACAGCAGCAGACAUUGUCGCCCAACAAUCUUACGACGAUCGAAUCGAAUGAGAUCUCCGAUAGUUUGACGAAUAAUAGCACCGCUAUUAAAAUCAUCACGGCCGCACGUAGCGAAUGCGGUAUUCCGGUUUUGGCGCGUCCGGAGACACGCAUUGUGGGAGGCAAGAGUGCGGCGUUCGGUCGUUGGCCUUGGCAAGUGUCGGUGCGUCGUACAACAUUUUUCGGCUUCUCGAGUACGCAUCGCUGUGGUGGCGCGCUAAUCAAUGAGAAUUGGAUUGCAACUGCGGGGCAUUGCGUCGAUGAUCUACUCAUCUCUCAGAUGCGCAUACGCGUCGGCGAAUACGACUUCUCACACGUGCAAGAGCAACUACCAUACAUCGAACGUGGUGUGGCCAAAAAAGUCGUACAUCCCAAAUAUAAUUUCUUCACCUACGAAUAUGACUUGGCUUUGGUGAAACUGGAACAACCAGUGGAAUUUGCGCCGCACGUUAGUCCCAUCUGUCUGCCACAAACGGAUAGUCUAUUGAUUGGCAUGAAUGCGACAGUGACCGGUUGGGGGCGUCUGAGUGAGGGCGGCACACUGGCGUCCGUGUUACAAGAGGUAUCGGUGCCGAUUGUGAGUAACGGCAUUUGCGAGUCCAUGUUUGCGCGUGCUGGUCGCCAGGAGUCGAUACCGGAUAUAUUCGUGUGUGCGGGUUAUGAGAAUGGCGGGCAUGACUCGUGUCAGGGUGACUCUGGCGGACCGUUGCAGGUUAAAUCCGCUGACGGCCGUUUCUUCUUGGCUGGCAUUAUCUCAUGGGGCAUUGGCUGUGCGGAGGCGAAUUUGCCCGGCGUUUGCACGCGCAUCUCGCGUUUCGUUCCAUGGAUCAUGGAAAAUGUAUCGUGAUAGACCUAUCCAGUGACAAGGCCGGCUUGCAAUCACUUCAUAAAUGGACUGUAAAUAUUUAGGAAUUUUAGUUUUAUUCGCAUUAUUCUAGGCAUUACUGUGUUCCGUGCUUUCCUAAACACUUUUUUACUAUUCAUAAGCAUGUUUUCAUAUUUAUAAUUUAUCUGCCGUAGUUUAAAAUAUAAAAAUAAAAUAAAUAUUUACACUGUUGAAACACUAACUAAUUUAUAUAAAUUAUGUGAUUUAUAUUUAUGCAAGUAAUUAGUCGCAAUUAAAUGAUGAAAUAAUUUUAAGUAAAUUUAAAUCAAAUGCAAUGAAUUUAAUAAAAUAGUUAUAAAAUAUAUUUUUUUAGAUUCAGUAAAACACGUUAAACGCUGUAUAACUUUAUUUCUAAUAGCGCAAAUUUAUUAUGAAGUGAAUUAUAUAAUAACUUAAUAUUAAUUUAUUUUUAAAUGCUAUAAUUAUUUACUAAAUUUUAAUUUUAUUAUUUAUUCACAUUUAGCAAUAUUUCAAUUUUAGUAUUUUUAUUUACAUAUUUCACAAUUUUUAUUGCAAAUUAUUAAGUAUGUAUGUAAGUAGCAUGACAAUAUUGAAAAUUAUUAAUUUAUUUAAUUUUGUACAUAGUAAAAGUCAUUUCAUCACACUGUUGUUAUAAGCUUAGCAUAUUCGAAAGUCGAACUUUACAUGUGUAUGUAUGUGUUAGUGAAGAAUCAAUUAAAACUAUAAUAACAUGUUUCUAAUAUUUGCUGCGCAUAAAUCAUAAUAUGCAGGCAAUAAUUUAACAACUAAAUAAAUAAACUAAUUAAUUAAUGAAUAAUCUUGCCCAAAGAAGCAAAUAAAAUUUAAAGAAAAAAUAUUAAAAUAUUAAAAUUUUUAUUUUUCAAUUUGUAUUUGGUGUUUUUAAGAUGGUGAGCGAAGAUCUAUAGUAAAAAGGUCUCAGUUCUUAUCUUUAUUCGGAAUUAAGGAGAUGAAUAACUUCAACAUAUACAGAAACAAAAAUGUUUGCUUCCAAAAUGCAACACGAAACAACGUUACCUUCGGUUGCGCCGAAGCUGUAUGCUUUGGUGAUCCAAUCUGAACAACUUCUUCGGAUAUUUUUUUUUUUUUGCCUUAGAUACAUGCCAAAUUUCGUGAAGAUAUAUCGUCGAAUAAAAAAGCUUUCCAUAUAAGCACUUAAUUCCGAUCGUUCAGUUUGUAUGGCAACUCUAUGCUAUAGUAAAACGAUAUGGGCGAUUCCCAAAAAUGAGCAGCUGCUUGGUAUAUAUAUAUUUUUUUGAAAUCCUCUAAAUCUCAAUUAAAAAUAAUUGUAAAAUUUCUAAUCCCAAAUACCGAUUCAAAAAAUUAAAAAUAAAGGUUUAAUCUGAUUUUGGAAUCCGACUUUGGAGAUUAAAAAUUAAUCUUUGAACAGUAAAAUAAAAACGUUAAUUCAAUGUUAAUCCUUAAAUAUUAAAAAAUAAAGAAAAUAAAUAAAUUUUUAGAAUUUGCGAACUUCGUUCUCUACCAUUUUGGUUAUUGUAUAGCUGAACGAUUGCAUGCUUGUAUGAAAAACUCUUUUAUAUGUAAAUGUGUAUGUACAUAUCUUCCUUUAGUCCCUUAUUAUUCCAGCUUUUGAUUUGUAAAAUAACUUUUUUAUUUGUUAUUGUAAUUUUUUUUUAAUACAAAUCAUUUUUGAAAUUUUAAAUUUAAUUUAAAAGAAUGGAAAAUUUAAUUUUUAAUAGCAAAAUUAAAAUCAGAAAUUGAAAAUCUAACUUUCAAUCCAUAAUUUUUUUGAGUUAUGAAAUUCACGACCGUGUUUAAUAUGAAAUAUUCAUUAAAUGUUAUUGAUUAAUCAAAAUUACCCAACUUAAAAAUCGAUAUAUUAAAAAAAACUUUUUUUAAUAAAAUAAUACUUUUGCAUAAAAAGUUUGCUAAACUCGUCUCUGCAUUUUUCUGGUUCAUACUUAUUUUCUUUUAGUUGAUUUAGAUUUUUUUGCAUCAGCUGAUGAGUGUCAAACUGUGUAUAGCUGGUACAUGGUUUCCUGAGCUUUUAUUGUAUUACACAUUGUUGUAUGAAAACCAUGUCUGUCUUUAGCAUUAGAUGUAAAUACAACUUAUUCAUUAAAAUAUAUUUUCAUUCAGUGUGAAUACACACCCUGUUUAAUUUAAAGCAUACAAAAUUACCGAUAGUCACAUCAAAAUGAUGGUUGGUAAUUUCAAUUAUUAUAGGUAUUUAACAUAUUAUUGGAAAUAUAAAAAACGUAUCCACAAUAAAAAAAAACUCAACCAUCUUCUCCACGCUUGUUGGCCACUUUUUUCUACUGUUUCAUGCUUAUGAAUGACGGAAUGGAGUGUAAUGAAUAAACGAAAAUAAGGUGUGCAAAAAUUAAAAAAAAAUCAAAAAUCAAACAAUUCAUUUUUUUGUACAUACAAAUAUAUAAAUAAGCUAUAGGAUGGUGCUGCAUUGGCCUAUUAACAAUCCCAUAGAAAUUUAAAUUUCACUUUUUCAAAAGCGCUGCGCAACACAAUUGAAUACAUUUUUGUUAUGACAUUUGCUGGCCUCUUACCUGCUUUUUAGAUUUUUUGGAUAUAGUCUUCAAUUGUUGUAUUGUUUUGCGGCUCUUUUAUUAUUUUUCUGCUGACUACUUUUAUAAACAUUUCUUCAUUAAAUUAAACUUGCAUUCUGAAAGAUAUUGCUAAGCAGGGGCAUUGAGUGCAAGACGUUACUCAGGCGGGACAUUAACAUGGAUACCUUGAGGCGGACAUAUGUACAUAUGUAUAGUAUAUCCGCGGCAAUUUCUAUGAACCGGGCACGUUCUUAAUUGAAAUCCUGCGUGUGAAAUAAGAAGGCUGCUCCUAAAAAUGUAUCAUCUAUUGUGAGGAAGCUCUUAGGGUGCUCUUCAUUUAUUGGUUAGCCGCCAAUAUCGACAUCACAAAUAAGAGUAGAAGUCCGACUAAUCAAAGUGGUUAUCGCCAAAAAAAAACCUUUUUUUAAAAACCUUGCAACAAGUGUGACACAAAAACCUGCAUACAUAUAUGUAUGACAUUAAAAUUACAACGUUUUUGGAAUGCCUUGAAUUAAAUGAAUGCUUAAUUCAGCAUCAGAGUAUUGAAUUUAAACUGUUUAUACAAAAGAAGACAGGAAAACACAAAACUGGCAGCAGAAUAAAUAACAUCUGUUAAACGAUUAAAUUCACAAUAAAAACAAUAUUCACAAAAAGCGAUCAAACCGGAUCUCAACAAAUCAGACUUGAUUUCCUAAUCGAGUUGAAUUGCAAAAAACUGACUUCCGUUAAGAACAAAAGAAAAUUCGAAAUUGCUUUGGUAUUUGAUUCUAUCUCUAUAUCAAAUUGAACAUGUAGGCUGUAUUUCUUACCGGUUAGUUUAUAAAAAAAGCUUUGCACUGUUUAGCUGUAACAUUUUAUACAUUACAUGCAUUAAGACUUGUUUUAUAUACAUAUGUAUGUACCCAUUUUGAUUUGUGUUUUCCAAAUGAAAGGCUUUGAAUAACUCACUCGUCUUUCG